GUUGGAUGAAGUGGAUUUCAAAAAAUUGGGCGACAUUGUAGAUUGGGUGAAAAAUAAACAAACGAUAGUCUGUCGUUUUUAUAGGUUAUAGUAUAACAUAGCGUAUAUAAUAUAACCUCUAUAUAUUAUAUUAGAUUGAUUAGCAAAUACAUGUGUGAUGUAAUAUCACACACAUUAAGGCCUUGGUAUAGCCAGUUAAUUUGGUAUAGCCAAGUAAGCUUAGUAAACUUGGUAUACCAAGCCGGUAGCCUAAUAAUGCUUGUAGUGAAAAAUGUAAAAAGCCUUUUCGUGCUCAAUAAGCAGGAGGACGGGCUGCCAAUAAUUAAAAAAUGUAUGGAGUGGGCUAUAUACAGGUAGUGUAUUUCAAUUUCAAGUUGAAGGCCAUCUAUACAACUCUGCUGCUGAGGAAAGUGAUCCAAGCCAAGGAAGACCCAAAGCUGAUCGAUGAUUGAGAUUACUAUGGGAACAAAAGACUAGAGCCGGCUGGAUCUCUUCUCUCACUCAUGUUCGAAGACUGCGUCAAGACAUUCAACAGUGAAUUGAAGAUGAUUGCUGAGAUCAAAGCAGCUCAAUUCGACAUUGUCAGACAUAUGCGACAGGAUUCGAUAACAAAGACAUAUUGGUGCAUGCCAUUUUAACGGUAUCGAUUUGAAGAUCAUUGACGUCAAAGGAAUCUCCAUAUCAUAGAAAAGCCAAUAGAGGUCUGCAACAACAUUCAUCGCUAUGAUAGUCUUUACUGAGAUCCACUUCAAACUGUCAGCAUUCCUUAUGAGUAACAUCCAUGAUUCCAAUCCAACCAAUUCUGACAGUUAGAAGAGUAUCUGACUAUGGCUCUCAUUAGUAAGGAGUGAUAAUGAAUUGUGAUUUCAUCGCUCAGCGCUCAGCGCUCAGGCCUUCCCCAAAGCUGGACUCAAUCAACAUCACCUAUAAAACGGACCUACUGAGAAAGAUCAAGUCAGAAGUUGAAUCGAGUUGGGGCACAGCUUCUUCUCCACACAGAGAUGUUCUUGCAAUUCAUCUUAUUUGCCCUGGCAGCGGCCGUUUCAGCCGCACCGUUUGAUGCCGAGCCACCAAUCAAGUUCGCCUGUCAUCUGAGCCAUGAGCCGGGCAAGCAGAUCUGUCGCCGCGAUGGUCUGACACUAUCCGUCUUCACCAGCAACGCCCUCCCCAUCGACCUUGAGAUCGAGAAGGCCGAACUAGCCGCCCUCAUCAAGAGCUGGGCUCCCGACCACAUUCCUGCAUCAACUGACCAUAUUGCCGCUGUCGGCCGACCCAAAAGGCAAAUAGGCUACGGAGGCGGUCUUUCAGGUGCCUCAGCCAUGUCAGCGGCUGGAGCCUUCGGAGGCGGCUACGGAGGCGGUGGUGGAUUCCCUGGCGGUGGAUUUGGCGGCUUCCCAGGAGGCGGCUUCGGAGGUGGCGGUGGAUUCGCGUCCUCGCAGGCUAAUGCGGGUGCCUAUGGAGGUGGACUUGGGUUUGGACGUUAAUAAACCCUCCUACACUAUGCCCCUCAAUACAGAGGAUCCAAAUUUCGCCCACAAGAAACAAGAAAACAAAUUCGACAUCCAUUACUGUCCUUAUCGUUGGAUCAGUCCGAAUACACAAAUGUCAAUUACAGAAGAAAGGUUGUUGACUGACUUUUAAAGUAUCAGGUGUAAUUCAACAUCUAUUGUUAAAGCUCAACUCAAUAUUAUGAUGAAAUAUUAAUUGAUGAAAUUCAAUUACUAAAAUAAAGUGACUUUUAGUAAACAUA